CCCUGGAGUUUCCCCCCGGGAUGGGCGGGACCGGUGCUCUCCCCCCGCACAUCACGCUUGUCUCCCGGUCGUUGCUAACAACCUGCUGCCUGGAACUUGUCACGGUUCUCUCAUGCAUCGGCGGUCUGUAGCUGCAGAGUUCCCGGGCCGUGUGUGAGGAUGAGGCCGGCUCGACGCUGAGUGUUGUCCGCCGCUCGGUUCCUCGCUGGCUGCAUGCUGCUCCGUGUCCCUCCGCCUGCUCCCUGACGCUGGAGGCUGCAGUCUGGCCUCCAGCCGCGGCUGCAAACCUGCUUCAUUUCUCCGCGUCGCCUCGCUGCCACAUCAUGUUUGUUUUAUGAAGAUGGUGGUGAGGGGGACACUGUGAACUAAAUGACUGUCAGAAACAUCGCCUCCAUUUGUAAUAUGGGCACCAAUGCCUCUGCUCUGGAGAAAGACAUCGGCCCGGAGCAAUUUCCAAUCAAUGAACACUACUUUGGAUUGGUCAAUUUCGGAAACACAUGUUACUGUAACUCGGUGCUCCAGGCUCUCUACUUCUGCCGGCCUUUCCGGGAGAACGUGCUGGCCUACAAAGCCCAGCAGAAAAAGAAGGAGAACCUGCUCACAUGUCUGGCCGACCUCUUCCACUCCAUUGCCACACAGAAGAAGAAAGUGGGCGUCAUCCCACCCAAGAAGUUCAUCUCCCGCCUACGGAAAGAGAACGAUCUAUUUGACAACUACAUGCAACAGGACGCACACGAAUUCCUAAACUACCUGCUGAACACAGUGGCUGACAUCCUGCAGGAGGAGAAGAAGCAGGAGAGGCAGAACGGACGCCUCAAGAACAAUGGCACCGCGGUCACCACAGAGACAGAGACGGAGAACAAGACAGAGCCCACAUGGGUUCAUGAUAUCUUCCAAGGCACUCUGACCAAUGAGACGCGUUGCCUCAACUGUGAAACGGUGAGCAGCAAAGACGAGGAUUUUCUGGAUCUUUCUGUGGAUGUGGAGCAGAACACAUCAAUAACACACUGUCUCAGGGACUUCAGUAACACAGAGACUUUGUGCAGCGAGUACAAAUACUACUGUGAGACGUGCUGCAGCAAGCAGGAAGCACAGAAACGGAUGCGUGUGAAGAAACUUCCUAUGAUCCUGGCUCUGCACCUGAAGAGGUUCAAGUACAUGGAGCAGCUGCACCGCUACACCAAGCUGUCCUACAGAGUGGUGUUCCCCCUGGAACUGCGUCUGUUCAACACGUCUGGGGACGCGGUCAACCUGGAUCGCAUGUAUGAUCUAGUUGCUGUGGUGGUUCACUGUGGCAGUGGUCCAAACAGAGGUCAUUACAUCACCAUAGUGAAGAGUCAUGGCUUCUGGCUGCUGUUUGAUGAUGACAUUGUGGAGAAAAUUGACGCCCAGGCCAUCGAGGAGUUUUACGGGCUUACCUCAGACAUCUCCAAGAACUCUGAGUCAGGAUACAUCCUCUUCUACCAGUCCAGAGAGUGACUCCGCGCUGACAGAGGAUGAGACUGAAUAGGAUGAGACUGUUUGUUUAACCUUCAGCCCAGCAGACCCCAGACUCCUGCCCUCCUCCUCCUCCUCCUCCUCCUCCUCCUCCACCUCCACCUCCACACCAGACCUCUCUGACACAUGUGCCAAUCUUUUGCCAGUCCCAGUGUCAUCAGCCUCUGGGGUUUAUCUGUACUUCAUCUUUCUCUCUGUGCAUUUCAGUCACCUGCAUCUGGACUGCACUUUAAAACAAAAAGCAAAAGCAAAAAUCCUCAACAGCAUGACAGAAACAAAAAGGAGUGUACGUGCUUGGUAUAGACUAGUGGGAGAAGGAGGUGAUUCUCUACCAGAUGAGGUGAAGGGUCUGAUGCACAUACAGACAGCUGUCAGAAAUUGUACUAUAUCAUUUAUUUAUAUAUAACAUCCCCUUCCCUCUCAUGAUUCCUUUCAUCGUCCCUGUCACUGUCCUGUCCUUCUGAUGUGUUCAUGAAUGAAGUUGGAGACAAACACUGUAUAAAAAGCAUAGAGAGAAUCUGAAGACAUAUGUUAGCAUUCAUUAUAGAAGUCACAAGCUAACAACUACUUAAACUGAGUCAUUUGUUAACAGUAUAGAGGUUGUUUCGUUCUGUGAGCUGCAGUGCGUCAAUGCGACAGCUCAUGUUUUAUCGAACCACAUACGAAUUAAUACUUUGACGCUUAAACACUACACAGGAAAGGAAGCCCUUACGUGUUUUUUUCCAGGUCUUUAUUCAAUGGUGUGGUCCUUCAGUUUGAGAGUAGGACUCACUGAUUCCAUGCUGUCACUCAAAACCCUGUGCUCGCACUCAAAUAUACCCUGCUUGUGCUUUCCCUGCGCUCCAGCUUCAACUCUUCUCUUUGCGCUCACGCUGCUUCUGUGCAUGUGUGAAAUGUCUGCUCUCUGAUUUUUUUUCUUUAGUGCUUAAAUAUUUUUGUGCAACAAAUGUUUCAAAAUUCCCCAAACAAAAGAAUGCCAGGUGUAGUGAUGACAGAUGAAAUUGCUUUUGGUGCUGUUCCCAUAAAAUACAGGGGAGGAAGAGAAACAGGGUUGUGUCUAUUUAGUUUAAUACUUGCUAGCAACAGCGUUCCCAUAAUGUAAGAAAGUUGAGAUCCUUGAUUUUGCUGCACCAUGGUGACCAGCGAUCUGCAGGACUCAAUGAAGGUGUUGUAGUUUUUAUCUUCAGGCUAACCAACAGAACAGGUGAUCACAAUGAUGUUAAGCUAACACACCCACUGAACCUGGCAAUCUACUGGUUGGGGAAUGUUAACAGACAAAAAUCGAAGAGCAGAGGAGAAGUCAGAGAGCAGACGUUUCAAAUGUGCUCAGCG